AUGGGGGAUGGAGUCGAGUUUGACGACUGUGCGGGCAACGAAGGCUUGACGUUCGAGGUGUCGGACCCCAGCUUCCACGUCGACGGGGAUCUGAAUUUGGUCCCCCGGCAGGACGUCCUAUACAGCGGGCCGAUCCUGUUCGUCCACGGGCUCAGCGCACACGCAGACGACAUGGCGCAGGUGGACGUCGCCGGACCGCCAGCCCAGUCGUCUCACGCGCUCAGGGAUAUCCUGGGUCUCGGUCAGACUUUGCCCUACAGAUCCAAGCGAUCCCUGAUCGUCCCUGCGAUGAUCGUCACUGAGAACCAGAGGGCUCCCUUCCCCCGGAUCAUUGGAAAGUCUCAUGUGAUCUCAGCAGAGAAACAGGGGAACCACAUCUUCCGAUUGACGGGCCACGGCGCUGACAAGGAUCCCAAAGGUGUCUUCACCAUCGACGUGGAGACGGGCGUCGUGUCAGUCAGCCGCUCGCUGGACCGCGAGGCCAUCGACUCCUACCAGCUGGAAGUCUCAACCACAGACCUGGGUGGUAACCUGGUUGAAGGACCGGCCAUAUUGGUGGUCACCGUCAUCGACCAGAAUGACAACCGGCCCACCUUCAAGGAGUCACGCUACACCGGAGAGGUGCUUGAGGGAUCCCCGACAGGAACCACGGUGAUGACCAUGACGGCGUUCGACGCGGACGACCCGACCACGGACAACGCCGUGCUGCGCUACAACAUCGUCCGGCAAUCGCCUGACAAGCCCUCCCCGAACAUGUUCUACAUCGACCCAGAGAGGGGCGACAUCGUCACCGUCAUCUCACCCACACUACUUGACAGAGAGACUCUACCCACCACGACGUACGAGCUGGAGAUCGUGGCCAAAGACAUGGCAGGAAGUGAAGUGGGCCUCAAAGGGACGGCCACGGCCACCAUCACCAUCACGGACAAGAACGACCACGCCCCCGAGUUCACGCAUCCGCUGUUCGAGGCGUACGUGGACGAGGGGUCGACGGGGGUGGUGGUCAACCUGACGGUGGACGACAGGGACGACCCGGCCACGGGGGCGUGGAGAGCCAUCUACUCCAUCAUCAACGGGGAUCCCACCCAGAGCUUCGAGAUCCACACCAACCCCGACAACAACGAGGGCAUGCUGUUCGUCGUCAAGCCUCUGGACUACGAGGCCACGGCGUUCCACACGCUGCUCAUCAAGGUGGAGAACGAGGACUCGCUGGUUCCAGACGUGGGCUACGGGCCGAGCUCCACCGCCACCGUCCACGUCACCGUCAUGGACAUCAACGAGGGCCCCGUCUUUUUCCCGGACCCCCUGAUGGUCACCAGGAUGGAAAACAUCCCCGUGGGCAGCUUCGUGGCCUCACUCAACGCCACAGAUCCAGACAUACUGCAGUCACAAAGCAUCAGGUACGCUAUUCUGCGAGACCCGGCGGGCUGGCUCAGUGUGAAUCCAGUCAGAGGAACUGUCAACACUUCAGCCGCGCUGGACCGCGAGUCGCCUUAUGUCCACGACAACAAGUACACGGCCGUCUUCAUCGCCACAGAUAACGGCAGCCCUCCAGCCACAGGUACUGGCACACUGAUCAUCCACCUAGAGGACUACAAUGACAACGCCCCCUACGUGUUCCCAGCGGUAGCGCGAGUGUGUGAGGACACCAACGACGUGAACGUGGCCAUCGUCGGCGGGCGGGACAGGGACAUCCACCCCAACGCCGGACCCUUCAAGAUAGAGCUGGGUAAACUGCCCGGCCUGGAAAAGACAUGGAAAGUUACCAGGGUCAACUCCACACACUCCCAAAUCAUGCUUUUGCGCAGUCUGAAGAAAGCCAACUACCAGCUCCCGCUGCUCAUCACCGACUCGGGGGUGCCCCCGCUGUCCAACAACACAGAGGUCAAAGUUCAGGUGUGCGUCUGUAAGAAGAACAAGAUGCAGUGCAGCUCCGCCCACUCCCACCGCGCCAGCCUUCUCGUGCUGCUCGCGACGCUCCUGCUCGUCCUACUCUGCCUGUAGAUUCUGCUGAAACCUCCUGUAGUCCUUUUUGCAACACUGAAAAGCAACGACUUAUCUCCCCCACGCAACCCAGGCUUAGGAGAGAAGACGAAGAAGAUGAUGAUUAAGACGAAGAUGACGACGAAAUCUUCUCACUAUGACAAAUCAAGCAAGAAAAUACACACAAUUCCCCACCGGCACUACCGCUGUAUAACACUCCGUGGUGUUUUUAAGAAUUUCUCGCCCAGCUCCCCCCCCUCACCCGGCUGUCUCCUUCCCUCCGUCUUUAUUUUCCCAGGUCAUUCCACUCUCAUCCCCCCUUCCUGUUUGACUCACCGUGACUGAUCUUCUCUAUCUUCUCUCUCUCUCUCUCUCUCUCUCCCCGAUGCCUUGUCCCUCCACACGUCUUCUCCCAAUCUUCUGCCACCUUUUGUUCCCAUCUUUUUUUUACAGUUUUUUAAGUAUCCGGUCUCAUCACCGCACCGUCACAUCGGCAGACAGACUCUGGGUGGCGACAUCCGUGGGAGAUACUUGAACCAGAUUGGGAUUGAUAUCAGAACGAAUGCUCAAGAAUUUGCUUCAUAUCGGACCUCGUUUUUCCCGUUCCCAUCUGUUUCUCCCCUCCUCAUCCAACCCGCUUCCUGAUUUUGUCCCUCCGUCCCCUCUCAUAGCUACCUCUAUCCCUCCGAUCCCCCUCUCCAGCUCAUUCAUCUCCCCUGCUUUCCUCUUUCUGCCUCUCUUUUUCUUGUUUUUCUCGUGGAUCAUCAACACAACGUGCAUAAACUUUGUCCGUCUACGUGUCCGUCUCUCUUUUUCCUUCCCUUUCUCUCUCUCUCUCCUGUCUGUAUCCCUCUUCCCUGUCUGUAUCUCUCUUUCUCUCUCUUUCCCUCGGUGGACCAGGAAACACUGCGAAAGCUGAGCUACUGUCCUGGUUGGGGAGAGGCAUUGACUUUUUGAUGUAUUCCUCCAUUUUUCUCGUCACAGAUGACUGUGUUUGAUCUUGUUUCCCUCUUUAAAAAGAGAGGAAAAAAAAGAAAAGCCUGUUUCUUUGUCUGCAGUGGUUGUGGUCUUUUAGGACAAGGUGGUAGCCAUAAGCCUUCAAAGUCAAAAACUCUCUGGAGUCGUUUCUUCGAUUUGCUUCUGUUUUUAUUGCAUUAGUUGUCAUGGAGUGGAAAACAGUAUAUCUUUAUAGUAACGGUGUGAACCUUAAAAAAGUACUAUUAUAUAAAUAUUUUAUUUUUUACCAUUGUAUAAAUAUACAGUAUCGAUUAACUUAUGUACUUUGAUUGCAAGCUCUUUGGUCACCCACACACUGAACAAUUAAAAAAAGAGGAAACUGUUUUUUUGUUUUUUGUUUUUUGUUUUUUUUUUUUUUGGUGAAUUUUAGGCACUAUUUCUAAUGCUAUCGAUGUGUUGACUAUUUUUAAUGUAACAUCUUUUUUUGAGAAUCUGUGAUUAAUUGCAGAAUCAGGAGUCUUGAUUUGUAGUGCCAUGCGUUUAGGUUCUCUUUGUCUGCCAUCAGUUCUGCCCCGUCCCGUCGCCCCUCCAUCCUCAUUGCAAGUCACAAGAAGAUGUUUAAGAAGACAGUGAAGGCUGUGGAUUUGGUGGAUAGUUUUGCUUUUUCUCUUGCGCUCAUACAAAAAAAAAAGAAAAUAAUGUGUGUGGGUUGGUAUGGAAGACCCUCUUGAAGAAAAAGAUGACAUUUUGAAUGAGUUACGUCUGUCUUUUGCACUAAUUUAAUAAAGCCGUUACUGAA